AUGGAUUUGGAAGCAGACUUAUCUCCGCCCGGAGCAUCAGCAGUCGCCGGCGCCAAACUUUCCGUUGCCGGAAAUAUAUCCGGCGCAUUAGCUGGAGUAGAGGAACUUGACGGAAUACCAGGAGUCGUUACCGGAGACGUCGCUGCAAUAUACGGUGCAUUGGCUGGAACCGGUGGUUGGUUCGCUGGAGCAAUGGUAGGCGAUUCUAUCGAGGCACUCGGACUCGUCGUCGGAGCAGAAACAGGAGACUUCACUGUAAUCGUCUUCGGAGGGGAAGCAGGGGCUUUCGCCGGAGAAAAUGCAGGAGUCGUGGUGGCGGUAAUAGGCGAGGAAGCAGGGGAAGUAGCGGGAGAAGAAACAGGGGAUUUGGAAGGAGUCGCAAUAGAACGAGAGGAAACAGGGGAAGAGGCCGGAGCAAAAACAGGAGAUUUGGAUUGAGUCUCCUUGGCCGGUGAUGAAACAGGGGAAGUUCCCGGAGCCAACACAGGAGACUUCACAGGAAUCGCAAUGGUUCAAACAGGGGAAGUGGCCGGGGUAAAAACAGGGGAUAUCAAUAGAGAAGCAGUCGUCGGAGGGGUAACAGGAGAAGUCGCCGGCGUAGUAACAGGAUAUUUCACAGGAGACGCAACAGUCGGAAAGGAAACAGGGGUUUUCUCCGGAGACUUAAUAGGCUUCGUCGGGAUUUGUGCCGCUGGGGAGUUAUGGAUCGCCGGAGGAUGCAAAAUUGGGAUUCGAGGAACCGUAGGAGACUUCGACGGAGAAGAAACGCGAUGUGAUUUGGCAGGGGAGUGUAUCGGAGGAAUGAUAAUCGGAGGAUGUUGUUUCUCGGAGAAUCCCGGCGAUUGAACGGGAGCAUUGUCGGCUUGUACAUUACCAGAAAUAAAUAUCAAGCAG